AUGAUAAAGCUGGAGAAAAAUAUUAUGGUGACAAUUUGUAGAGACUUAAAUUUUGUUAAGAAAAAAUCUUGUCCCCUUUUUAUUUCUUCCUAUUUUUUUCACACAGGAAUAGGGGCAGGAAAUAAUAUGAAUGUUAAUAUAAAAAAAAAUGAAACAAACCAACAAUUAAAAUUUAAUGACAGCACAAAUAAUAUUAACAUACAAAUUCCAACUUAUAAAAAAUACAUAAUUGAUGAAACUUUUUGCUCAUAUAUAACAAAAAGGAAAACGUUUUUAAAUAUAAUGUCUUAUGAUAUAAAAAUACGCCAAAGAGAUAUGUUAUAUAAAAAAAGUGAUGGGUGUAAUAAUGCAUAUUUAUAUUCCACAAAAUUAAAAAAGCUAAAAUAUAGUGAUAGAAUAAAUAACUAUUUAAAUGUAAAUUUGUUUAAUAAUGGAAAUAGUUAUAAUAAAUCUAUAAGUAACAAUAAUGAGAAUUAUUUGAUUUCUAAAAAAAGCCUCUUUGAUAUAUUGUAUAAAAAAUAUAGUUUAGUUUAUUUAUUUCCAGACACUAAAUAUAUUGAAGAAAUGAAUAAAUAUUUAGACGAUUUUAAUAAAAGAAAAGAUAAUUAUAAUAUAAAAGAUAACAUUUUUAAUGAUGAAAAAAAUAUUAUUUUUUUAAAAAAUAAAAAAAAAUCUAUUCAUAUAUUUUAUUGCUAUGUAUCCCCUUAUAAAUUUGUCUUAUCAUCAUAUUUUAGUAAAAAAAUUGCUAAAAAUUUAAAGAUUAAUUAUUUUAAUGAUCAAAAUUUUUUUUAUAUAGAUAGUAAAUUAAAUACGAAUGAUCAAAAUAUAUUGCUAUUUCAAAACCAUAUGAAUAAACUACCAUCUCUUUUAUUAGUCGAUAAUUAUUGCUAUAUAAGAUAUCAUAUAAAAGGAUUAUUUACGAAUGAAUCUUCUUAUUACCUUUUUAAUGCAAUCAUGAAUAUUUAA